AUGAACUGCACCCAAAAUUUAUUUUCAUUUUAUAAAUUGAAAAACAGGGUGGUGCUAGUUCUGCAGUGGACAGACAAGGCUGCCCUGACAUUGACUGUGAGGUUGUACUCCCUGCUGUUUCACUGGACCUCUACCUUCACCCUCACGAUUGCUGUGGGUGCUCUAUUCUUUCAGCACACCUUCCAUCAAGGCCCAGAUGCAAUCUAUGAACACAUCAACCUGGGGAAGCUGUGGAAACACAUUAAGCACAAGUAUGAGAACAAGGAGUAGUUCCUCAGAGGUCCCCAUCCCGACCAGAAGGACCAGGUCCACCCAUCAGCAUUUUGACCAGAGCCUGGGCCUCAGCUUGAAGAUGAUGUUCAUGUCACUCUCCAUGGACCACCUUUAGCUGUUAGCAGGAAAUGGCUUCACCUGACAGACUCUUUAACUUCUGCUAUGUUUGAAGUAUGAUUAGUCAGAAUAAAUAAAUGUAGGGGUUCCCGUUGUGGCUCAGUGGUUAACAAACC